GGGAUGCUCGCGGCUCAGCUUUGGGCUGGCUGCAGUCUCAGUCUGAGGGCGGCUGAAUUGGUUGUUUCAUUUAAGAUGAGGCUUCUGCUGCUUCUCCUGGUGGCGGCGUCGGCGGUGGUCCGGAGCGAGGCCUCGACCAACUUGGGCGGCGUGCCCAGCAAGAGAUUAAAGAUGCAGUACGCCACAGGGCCGUUGCUCAAGUUCCAGAUUUGUUUUGAUAGACAUAUAGCGUCUUUCCUGUCAAUCUUCAAACUAGUAUUAAUAGGCUUAAUAAUUGUUGGCAAGGAUCCUUUUGCUUUUUUUGGCAUGCAAGCUCCUAGCAUCUGGCAGUGGGGCCAAGAAAAUAAGGUCUAUGCAUGUAUGAUGGUUUUCUUCCUGAGCAACAUGAUUGAGAACCAGUGUAUGUCAACAGGUGCAUUUGAAAUAACUUUAAAUGAUGUACCUGUAUGGUCUAAGCUGGAAUCUGGUCACCUUCCAUCCAUGCAACAACUUGUUCAAAUUCUUGACAAUGAAAUGAAGCUCAAUGUGCAUAUGGAUUCAAUCCCACAUCAUCGAUCAUAGCCCCACCUAUCAGCACUGAAAACUCUUUUACAUUAAAGGAUUUUUGCAAGAGCAGCGUGACUGACAUUAUGAAGGCCUGUACUGAAGACAGCGAGCUGUUAGUACAGACCAGAUGCUUUCUUGGCAGGCUCGUUGUACCUCUUGGAAAACCUCAAUGCAAGAGAGUUUUUCAGUGCUGGCACAUUUUGGAAUUCUGCACAUUCGUGGAGUGCAAUAAUACUGUAUAGCUUUCCCCCCCCCCCAAAUUCACCCAGUUAAUUGUUUUUUUAAAAAAAUAGUAAACAUUGCUACUUGUAAGUUUUUUCUUAGUCAUAUUUGAAAAAGUAGAAAAUUGAGUUACAAUUUGAUUUUUUUUAAGAUGUCUGUUAAAUCUGUUGUGCUUUUAUAUGAAUUUUUGUUUUUUAUAGUUUCAAAUUAAUCUCUUGGGGAAUAUAGUUAAAGUUCCCAAAUACUUUAUAAGAGUUUAUCAGAUAUCUCUAAUUUGGCCAUGUCCAAUAUGUAUAGUUUUCAAAAUAUUGCAGACUGUGAACAGUGCAUUAUACAAGAUUAUGGGGGAAAUCCUAUAUCCAGAGUACUCUACAGAUUUGUGUGUAUGUGUGUAUGUGUGUGUGUGAUUACCAGAGAACUACUAAAAAACCAACUGCUUUUUAAAUCCUGUUACUUAGUUCAAGUGUCUUGCCUUGACCAAUCUAAUGAGUUAACUGGGCCUUUAUACUUAACUAAAUAAAAAACUAAGCAGACAUGAGUUAAAU